CUACGUCUGGUUGCAACAUUGAGUACUGCCGGGUUUUAUAUUCCGCGUUCUUUAUUUUUGUUGUUGAAACUGUUUUUGUUAAACUUUGGCAAUAUUAAAUUAAUAAUUGAUUAUAUUAUAAUAAAUUGGAGUUAAAAAUCUUAACACAUUAACCAGAAAAACCCAUCAUGUCUGGAACAGGGACUUUUGUACCUAAACGCGGUUUGAUCAAUACACGAACACCACAACGUGGUAUUGACCAUGGAGAUAUUACUGACUCCCAUAAUUUUUCUAUAUCCCUACUGCCAGGAGAACUACAGAGAAUGCUGGAUAAUUCUCAACUAAAUGCAAGUGGGCUCUUAAGUUCGUCGUUUCACGGUGGUGCUAUUGCCGAUACUGCUAGUAUUUGUGAGCGUUCCCUAAUUGACCAUCCCCAAAUGGAUGGGUUCAAGGAAAAAGCGAACAUGCUUUUCCCUCAAUUUCUUGAGAUAUUGCAGGCGCGCACAAAUGAUUCCGAAGUUUUCGAUACAAUUCAAGAUCUCAUACAUACGUGUUCGGCCGUUUUGGACGAUUGUUUGAAGGAUGUCCAUAAACGCACCGAUAACAUUAAAAAUUCCAAGGCAGAAUGGUUAGAUUUGGAGUGUAAAACCUGGAAGCUAUUAUAUGCACUUUACAAAGAUCGUAUACUUCUUCAAUCCAACGAUCCGGGAAUGGAUUGUGAUAUUCCAAGUUUGGGUGGUUCGGAGAAGGAAAUCAUUGCACAGCUUUACAAUUGCAAUUCGACUUUGAGAGAAUACCAACUAAUUAUAGAUUGGCUAGAAGCUUGUUAUGAGAAAAAAAUGACUGGUCCUCAAGUGGGGCACACCACAGAUCGAACAGUGGCCUGGGAAAACACAUUGUUUCAAUUAAAGAAACAACAGCAAAUCGCCUUUGGCUCAGGGGCCGAAAUAGUUAAGUCCCUGGAUCCGGAUGCACCAAACAGGGAAAAGAAACCUCUACAUGCAUUGGAUGAAGAGGAUAACAUGCGCCUAUCCCGCUGUAUAUUCGAAGAAAUUCGACAAGGUCGAAUUGAUGAGGCAAUGUCUUUGUGUAAAUACUGUGGCCAAACAUGGCGAGCAGCCAUUUUGGAAGGCUGGCGCCUGCAUGAAGAUCCUAAUUAUGAGAACUAUGGAAAUGCCAGAGAAAAACAACCCAUAGAGGGUAACCCAAGAAGGGAUAUAUGGAAAAAAUGUGCCUGGAUGAUGGCUAAUUCCAAAAAAUUUGAUGAAUAUACUCGAGCCAUAGCCGGUGCGUUCUGUGGGCAUUUGGAAUCUUUAAAAGCUUUAUUUUCUAAUUCUUGGGAAGAUCUUCUAUGGGCCUAUUUAAAAGUACAGGUUGAUAUACGAGUCGAAAGUGAAAUAAGAGCCAAUUGUAUGAAGACCUACCAUGCCAUGCCAGAAGAAUACUGGAAUUCCAAAAUGUCUCUAGAACAGAUUUUCGAUGAAUUGUUGGUGCACAAUGAUGCAGCACUUCGUGAUUUUGCUCAAAGUAAAAUUGGAAUUAUACAAAAAUUUCUGAUACUUGAUAACAUUCCUGAGUUGCUGCAACAAAUACGUCGCUGGAUUGAGGAUGAUAAGCUUUUGGACAACAAAGACUCAGUGGUUUCAUCGCAUAUGUUACGCUUCUUAACACAUAUAGUGUUAUUUAUGCGUCAAAUUGGACGCGUAGAUAAGGAAGAAAUUGCGGAUCGUAUAAUAGCCGCUUAUGUGGAAAGUUUAAUCCCCAUGAAGGAUGCUCAACUAGUAGCUUUCUAUACUGCAGCUUUGCCUGGCAAGACACAAGUAACACUGUAUUCAAAGUUUUUGGAAACCAUUAAAGAAACAAACUGCCGGCAGUCGGCUUUGGAAGAAGCAAUGGGUGCUGGUUUAGAUAUCGAGAAUAUUACACGUUACACUGUAGAAACCAUAAGACAAAAGGAACCCACAGAUAUGGAUUUGCAACAAAUGCAAGAUGAGCCUUUGCAGCAUGGUGACAUUUCUAAGUUCGAUGAAUAUAAAAUAAAAUCCCUGGAAUGGUUAACGUUUUUGCCUUCACAACGCGGAGAAUUACUGUGGCAAGGAAAUGCUAUGAUAAGAUGUUUCUUGGCCGAAAAUAAACUGGAAUGUGUGCGUGCAGUUUAUGAUAUAAUACCACAGGAUUCACUGAGUCACAUAGUUAAUAUAUACGGCAGCAAAGACAACUUUCCUUGCAGAGAGGAUUGUAGCAUAAAGGAAUAUCUGGGCUAUAAGGUUUAUUUGGCGGCCAUAGAUUCAUUUAAUGAAUGGUCACGUUUAUAUCACAAUCGCCCUAAGGAACCGCAAUUGGUUAAUGCAGGUGCAAAUUUCACAGAACGCAUGGCUUCUGAACACAAGGAGCAAGUGUACAGGGCGGAGCUAAAUCGUUGGAAUGUCUCACUGGAAGAACAAGCCAAAUUAUGUAGAGAUUCUCUAUUUAACGUACUUUUAUUCCCGGAAAAAGGUUGGCUUAUUGACCCAGAUACUCCCAAGGAUCCUGCAGACAUAAGUCCAUUGAUUUGGGAAAAUCGUCAAAUACAAUUGGAUAAAAUUCGCAGUAUUUGCAUACCAGAAAUAACCUUGCUCUUACACAAAGUUCUGCAUUUGUCUGAGGACUAUCAGGGAUGUGUUAAACUAGCUGACGAAAUAGCUUCUGAAAAUCGUGAGCUCUACAAGGUCUACACUAAACACAAAUUGGCUGAAUUACUAUCAAAACUUGCCGAAUCAUCAUUGGAAUUAUUAAAUAAGAAACUAGAUCCCUGGGGAUUUCCGGUAACAGUUUAAACAUUUUAUAAUAAUUUCUUAUGUAUUAGUUAUUUAUGUAGUUGUUCUUUUUUCUUUUAAAUUAAAAAAUAUGUCAAAUUGAGUUGAAUA